AUGAAGAACAGUGGAAACAACAAAAAGAAAAAGCCAAUUAGUAAUCAAAUUCCUCAGUCAUUUAACUCUUCUUCAUAUGAGUUAUUGAAUGUUCAUAUUUCUGCAUUAUUAGUUGAUGAACAAAAAGAAAAAGUUAAAAUAAAAGCUAAUCAAUUUGGUGGUGUUCCAGGUGUUACUGCCAUGAUUAUUGGUUUACCAUUAUUUUUAUUUUAUUUAUCAUAUUGCUUAACACAAAACCAUGGUGGUACAUUACAAAAUCCAUUUACUAUUUAUUUUUAUCAAUAUAUUAUUGAUAUACAUGUACAAGUAAUUACGAUUCAUUAUCAUAUAAUACCGAUAUUAAUUUGUUAUAUAUUAUUCCAAGUUCUAUUAGCUAUUAAAUUAUCAGGUCGUAUUAUAUUAGGUACUCCGAUUGGUGUUAAUAAAGAUGGUAGUGUUAAACGUUUAGAUUAUAUAUUAAAUGGUUUUCUUGCAUAUUUAUUAACAUUAACCAUUUAUUAUAUAAUAUGUUAUCAUUGUCAUAUUUUAUCACCAACAUUUUUAGCUGAUAAUUUUACAUCACUUUUAGUAACAUCUAAUAUAUUAUCAUUUAUUAUUGCUAUUGGUAUAUCUAUAUUAUCCUAUCAACAAAAUAGUUCUCAAUCAAUUAGUUACAAUGUGAUAUAUGAUUUUUGGAUGGGUUAUAUUCGAAAUCCUCGAUGUUUUAAUUUUGAUUUUAAAUUUUUUUUCGAAGGACGUCCUGGUUUAAUGUUAUGGGUUUUAUUUAAUAUUUCCUUUAUAGAAAAACAAAUACAAAACUUUGAUGGCAAUUAUUCAUUAUCUAUUCUUAUAAUUACAGCUUUUCAAACAUUAUUUGUGACAGAUUAUUAUUAUUUUGAAGAAGCUAUAUUAACAACAUGGGAUAUAAUGGAAGAAAAAUUUGGCUUAAUGAUGAUAUGGAAAAAGUGGUUAGUACUUCAAGAUUUUAAUUAUCAAAAAUUGAUUUUUAUGGGAAAUAAACGUGAUAUUUGGAAUCAACAUGCAAAAGGUGAUAUUGUAUUUGUACCAUUCUUUUUUUCAAUUCAAACACAUUAUUUAUCUUUACAUUCUCCAUCCAUACAAACCUUACCAACAUUGUAUUUGAUAAUUUGUUCAUGUUUGUGUAUUAGUGGUUUCUUAUUAUUUCGAAUUGCUAACUUACAAAAACAUUAUUUUAGUUAUGAUACAUCAUAUGUUUGGUGUUUAACAUGCUAUAAUUGUAUUCUUAAAGUAUUAUUUGGUAUUUACCGUUGUAAUAUACCAAAAUAUAUAAAAACAAAACGUGGACCAAAAUUAUUAUAUUCAGGUUGUUGGGGUAUUGUAAGACGUAUGAAUUUAACAGGUGAUAUAUUGCAAAGUAUUGGCUGGUGUUUAUUGUGUUCAUUUAAUCAUUUCAUACCGUAUACAUAUAUUAUUUAUUUAAUAUUAUGUUUUAUACAUCGCGAAAGACGAGAUAAUGAAGUUUGUCAAAGAAAAUUUGGAUCAGAUUGGAAAAUAUAUACGAAUAUUGUACAAUGGCGUUUAUUUCCAAACAUUUAUUAA